GGAAAGAAAGAAAGGAGGGUGAGGACCCGGAUGCUGAACCGGAUUGUGUCUGAAUUUUCCAUCCUCUCGCUGGAGAAGGGGAGGAGCGGUAGGGGACCCCGCGGAGCGGAAGGGGGCCUCGGGGCGGAGAGGAAGCAGGAACCUUACCGACCCUGCGGGCUCCGCUAGACGGAGUCGGCGUUGGAAGCCCUUCUGCCAAGCCUGUGUGGAAAAUAUGCCUCGAAGUUAUUUAAAUUCCCUCCAUGUACCUCUCCGGCAAUUUACUUCACACCCAUCCAUCGUCUCCCGGAGUUCGAGUGGAAGGAUGCACUCCACGCUUCACAGCCGCGCUUACACUUUGUCGAUUUAGCAAUUCUGAAAACAGACCCAUCCCUUUUUAAAAAAUUACUUUGCACGAUAUUUUCCCUUUUCUGUUCGUGUGCCCGGAUUUCGUCCUCUAACGCAUUGGAAGAUCAGCUUUGAAAUUAAAAAACAAUGGAGAAGACUCAAGAAACAGCCCAAAGAAUUCUUCUAGAACCUUACAAGUACUUACUUCAGUUACCAGGUAAACAAGUGAGAACCAAACUUUCACAGGCGUUUAAUCAUUGGCUAAAAGUUCCAGAAGACAAGCUACAGAUUAUCAUUGAAGUGACGGAAAUGUUGCAUAAUGCCAGUUUACUCAUCGAUGAUAUUGAAGACAACUCAAAACUCCGUCGUGGCUUUCCAGUGGCACACAGCAUCUAUGGAAUUCCAUCUGUCAUCAAUUCUGCCAAUUAUGUAUAUUUUCUUGGCCUAGAGAAAGUCUUAACCCUUGAUCACCCAGAUGCAGUAAAGCUUUUUACCCGCCAGCUUUUAGAACUCCAUCAGGGACAAGGCCUGGAUAUCUACUGGAGGGAUAAUUACACUUGUCCCACUGAAGAAGAAUAUAAAGCAAUGGUGCUGCAAAAGACAGGUGGACUAUUUGGAUUAGCAGUAGGUCUCAUGCAGUUGUUCUCUGAUUACAAAGAAGAUUUAAAGCCACUACUGAAUACACUUGGGCUCUUUUUCCAAAUUAGGGAUGAUUAUGCUAAUCUACACUCCAAAGAAUAUAGUGCAAACAAAAGCUUUUGUGAAGAUCUAACAGAGGGAAAGUUCUCAUUCCCUACUAUUCAUGCUAUUUGGUCUAGGCCUGAAAGCACCCAGGUGCAGAAUAUCUUGCGCCAGAGAACCGAAAAUGUAGAUGUUAAAAAAUACUGUGUACAUUAUCUUGAGAACGUAGGUUCUUUUGAAUACACUCGGAAUACUCUUAAAGAGCUUGAAUCUAAAGCCUAUAAACAAAUCGAUGCAUGUGGUGGGAACCCUGAGCUAGUAGCUCUAGUAAAACACUUAAGUAAAAUGUUCAAAGAGGAUGAAUAAUAUUAAGCCAUUCUUGAUUAGGCCUGAUAGCUUAGUUGACUUUUUUUUGUCUUUUAGCCUAUUACAUUUUUUAAAAUUUGGACCAAUCUGUUAGUAUCCAAAAACUGAGUGAUAGUGGUGAUGUGAGUGAGGUUGUUUCAAUAUAGAAUCCCCGUGUACAGAUAAUCAUAGUACCAAGUUGAAGGAAUCAAAAGGAGCCACAUUUAAAUGAGUCUAAUUUGAAUGUCAGAAUGUGCUGUGUUAGGACGUUGUGGCCGACUCUGCCAUGCAUGUUCUGUUGAUUCUGUCAAUAAAGAAGACUUCAGCUCCAGGAAUUUUUAUCCACAUACUUCCUAACUGUACUGUACGGGCAGUUCACAAUUCAUCUACCCCAUUUCCAAGCCAUUGACUACUUGGGACCAGUUUCUAUAGCUAGCUGGCCCGAAGACCACAGGAACUCCUCUUUCUUCCUAAAUGUCGUUGCUUAGGAUAGCUCAUUCUCCUCCCUGGAAACUCCCUUAGUGAAGUCUUCCAUGAGAAAGCUGACAGUGACAAGCAGUAAGCAUUCUGGGCCUCUUUUCCUUUCUCCCAACCCAGCAAAUUCUGCUGUUUAUUUAACCAAGGAGUCUCCACUGAAUGAAAUUUACACACUAGCCCAAGUUCUUUUUCCUUCUAAUGUAACUUGUGCCUCAAAACUAAUUAGUAUCUGGGUACAGCAGUUAUCGUUCCAUUUGUGGGGGGGGAAAAGGUACAUGGAAAAAGUAUUUUAGGAAGGAGCCUUUAAACCAUUUUAUGCUGUCUUUAUCAUUAGUAGUAAAAAUCAUAAAAGCUGUUUGCUCACAAGUACAAAAGCUGGGGGAACUGUCCUUUUCCUUCCCACCCGCAUCGUUAACCCCUCUGUAGGCAGUUGGUGCUUGAAUGGAAAAGGAAGUAGGCAUCUUUAACCUCUAUGAUUAAAGGAAAGAAAAGUGUUAACCUGAGAGCUACUGCCUGACUGAAAAUUAGCCAAAGGCUAUACUAUCAGGCACAGUUAGCUUUAUAGUGCCUUAACCCUGACUAUCCCUUUUGUUUCAUUUUAGGCCCUCAGCCCCUGGAGCCAUCUUAUGGCACAAGAGGUAUGAAAAAAGAGACCCUGAUUUCUGUAUGAGAAGUGUCACUGACAUCCCAGAAUGAAAGUUUGUACUUCUCAGUAGCAUUACAUUUUGCUUGAUUGGUUGUACAGUGUGUUAUCUUAAAUCAAACCACCAUAUUUUUGUAUGAGAAAUUCUCACCAAAAUACUCAACCUAAAUCUUUUUUGAAAAGUUCGGUAUUGCCUUUACUUUUAGAAUAAUUUGAAUCUUCCGUUUUAAUUGAUCCAAGGAAACCUCUUCUGAAAAUCAUACAUAUUUGUGUUAUACUAUGGAUAUUUGAACUUUGUUUUUAUGAACCUGUAACAAACUUGAUAUUAAAAAAGAUCUAAUGCUAA